UAUUUUUUAGUUACAUUUUAAAACAAAAACAGCUUUAUCAUUAUUCAUCAAUACUCCAACGUCUAUCCAUAGCAAAAUACUAUUGGUGAUUGCUCAUAUUUUGACAAAAAAAAUCUAAUAAAAUUAAAUUCUGUUGUUAAAAAAUUAAAAGUUUAAGACCUAAACUUGAUUUUAAUCAUCAUAAAUAAUAUUUUAUAUUGUGUAGUAAAUUUUAUUAUCCAAAAUGCCUGACUAUUUAGGUGAUGAAAUGAGAAAGGUGAAGAAAGAUGAGCCCGAAAAAGAAGAAACUAAAGAAAUCAAGUGUAAGUUUUAAAAAAUAAUAAUUCCUUAUACUUGUAACAGAAAAUUUUCUUUUAAAACAUCAAAUCGAGUGUUCUUCUUAAAUUCCAUACUAUUAAAGUAUAAUUAAGUUAGUAUAAUGAAUGAGAUAUUUAUAAAAUGUCAAAGCUAUUUCCCCUUUUUUUCUCACUAGUUUUACUAAAUACCUACUAUAGUUGAAGACUGAGGAGAAGAAUAUGAAGACAAUGUAUAAUAAACUUUAAUGAGUUAAAGUAAUCUACUAUGUCCCUUGGGGAUACGUCACAUAAUGGAAUAUAUAAAACUAUAUUUAAAAAAAGAUUAUAUUUAUCAAAUGUUUUUUAUAAAAUGUUUAAUAUAAUUUACUUAUUUUUUGAUAGUUAAAAGUUACAUAAACUGUUAAUAACUAACUUUCUUAAUAUUGAUAUACAUUAUUGUUGUAUUAGGUAAAUAAAAUUUAUUUUUAUUUUGACUUAUUAUUUGAUUUUAUCACUUUUUGUGAUAAAUAAGUCAAAUAUAUGAUUACUGUAAAUAUAUUAAAUUAAUAUUUUUAUUAUUUAGCUUUGGACGAAGAAGAUAUUGCAUUACUUAAGACUUAUGUGAGUAGAUAUUAUUAUUUUCUCAAAUUCAUAAAUUAACCUAUUAAUUAAACCAAUUUGGUUACUAAACCAAUUACAUAUUAUUAUAGAAGUCUCUAUUUUGAAAUGUAUAGGGCCAAGGUCAAUGGACAAUUAAUGUUAAAGCUGUUGAAGAUGACAUUGAGAGUAUUAAAAAACGUAUUAAUGAAUUAACUGGAAUCAAAGAAUCUGAUACAGGAUUAGCACCACCUGCAUUUUGGGAUUUAACUGCUGACAAACAGACUCUUCAAAAUGAACAACCAUUACAAGUAGAUAUAAUUUUAUUAUUAUUAUUUUUUUUUUUUUUUUAAAUUAAAGUUCAAAUUUUAAAGGUUGCGAGAUGUACAAAAAUUAUAAAUGCUGAUUCUGAUGAUCCUAAAUACAUUAUUAAUGUGAAACAAUUUGCCAAGUUUGUUGUUGAUCUUGCAGAUUCUGUAGCACCAACUGACAUUGAAGAAGGAAUGCGUGUUGGGUAAUUUUUUUUAUAGUUAAAUUGUAUAUUAUAAUAUAUUGUAUCUAAUAUUUAUUUUGAUUUUCAUGCAGAGUUGAUCGUAACAAAUAUCAAAUUCAUAUUCCAUUGCCACCGAAAAUUGAUCCAACUGUAACUAUGAUGCAAGUAGAAGAAAAACCUGAUGUGACUUAUUCAGAUGUUGGUGGAUGUAAAGAUCAAAUUGAUAAACUGCGAGAAGUUGUUGAGACACCAUUAUUGCAUGUUGGUUAUAUAUAUUUAAAAAUAUUUUACUCGACUGAUGUUUAUAAAAUUAUGUUAAUUGUGACCUGUUACCAUCUUAUAAAAUUUAUACUAAGUCAAAUUAUUCAUCAGUAUAAAAUCCAUUUUUAUAUUAUAAUAUAUACUUAGGUAUAUAGUUAUUUUUAUUAAACUUAACAAUUACUCCGGCAAUAACCUUUCAAUUACAUUAUGUACGUUUUGAUAAAUUUAUAAUAGGUAGGCCCAGUGAGAUUGAAAAUACAAAAAAUUCAUUUUUGAAAAUAUUAGUUGGUGUGAUAAUUGUAUUAAAUUUCGUUGUCUAAUUUGGGUGAUUCAAGGGAGGAUUUUUUAGUCUUCAAUUUGAAGGUUUAAAAAAUGUCCCGUUCUGUUGACUCUUUUCUUCUUUGUAUAUUAGAUAUAUUAAUAGUAUAACAGUUAUAAUUUGUAAAUGUUUACAGAUAGUUGGGAUAUCAUAAGUAGCAUAUAUAAUAAGGUUUUGUUCCCAAUUAGGUAUUUAAAAGAUUGUUUGAUCUAGCCUGAAGUAUUGCCAGAUAUGUACAAAUAAUACACAUUGUUUUUAGUAUUAGAAAUUAGUGAUGAUUUAGGAAUUUGAGUUGCUAUACAUGUCUAUUUUUUGAGUUUGCUAUUUCAUUUCCCUAAUUUGGCAAUGAUCCGGUAUUCAAAUGAAAUGUAUUUAUUAUCAACAAUUUGUUUGUUGCAUAUUUUAUGGAGAUUUUAGUUAAAAAUUAAAAAUACUUUAUAUUUGGUUAUUUUAAGUGUUAACAUCUAUAUAAAUUACUAGCUAGGUAUAUUAUUAUAUUGAUUAUUAAUAUUAUGUUUAAAUUUCAGCCUGAAAAAUUUGUGAAUUUGGGAAUUGAACCACCUAAAGGAGUGUUGUUGUUUGGACCACCAGGAACUGGUAAAACUUUAUGUGCUAGAGCAGUUGCAAAUCGUACAGACGCUUGCUUCAUUAGGGUUAUUGGUUCAGAGCUUGUGCAGAAAUAUGUGGGGGAGGUAAAAUUGAAUAUUAUAUUUAUGUAUAUACUAUAUAUAUUGAAAAUAUUUUUCAUUUCACUGAAUAGAGUAGUUUAUAUAACUUUUCAUCAUGAUAGCCCGAUUUUCUUAAAUAGUUAUGAUCUUGAUUAUAUUGCCUAUUAAUAUUUGUUUUUUUUUUUUUAAUUUUUAGGGUGCACGUAUGGUAAGAGAAUUAUUUGAAAUGGCACGAAGUAAGAAAGCUUGUUUGAUAUUCUUUGAUGAAAUUGAUGCGAUUGGUGGUGCCCGUUUUGAUGAUGGUGCUGGUGGUGAUAACGAAGUACAACGUACUAUGCUGGAACUUAUUAAUCAAUUAGAUGGAUUUGAUCCUAGGGGAAACAUUAAAGUCUUAAUGGCCACAAACAGACCCGAUACAUUAGACCCAGCAUUGAUGAGACCAGGACGUCUCGAUAGAAAAGUUGAAUUUGGUUUGCCGGAUUUGGAAGGUCGUACUCACAUUUUCAAUAUACAUGCUAGAGCCAUGAGUGUUGAACGAGAUAUUCGUUUUGAGUUACUGGCUAGAUUAUGUCCGAAUAGUACUGGUAAUGUAUUUGCUUUAUACAAUAAAAUUAUAUUAUUAUCUACAGUAAUAUGUACAGUUUAGUUGUAUUAUAUAUUUAAUACAAUUUAACAUUAGUAUUAAUAUUAAACAUAUAUUUAUAUUUGAAGUAUUUCUAAACAAAUAAAUCAUAAUUAUUGUGAAAAUAACAUUUUUAUAAUCAAUAUUUCUUCAUUCUAACAAAUUUCUUAUAAUAUGUGUUAGAUAUUAUAGUUACAUUGUAUAAAAUAUUAAAAUUGAUUUAUUUUUUGUGAUAUUUAGGAGCUGAAAUAAGAUCAGUAUGCACUGAAGCUGGUAUGUUCGCUAUUAGAGCUCGGAGAAAAGUUGCUACUGAAAAAGAUUUUCUUGAAGCUGUAAAUAAGGUUAUCAAAUCGUAUGCCAAGUUCUCGUCAACUCCACGUUAUAUGACCUACAACUAAUGUAAAAUUUAAUUAUUUGUAUUUUGAUUCAUUAUAAAUUUAAAAUAAAUUCAGUAAUGUUCACUUAAAAAAUGUAUAAAGUUAAACAAAAUACAUAUUUGUUGUUUAAUUUUUUUUAAAUUAUCUAUUGCAUUAUAUAGAGAAUAUAAAUUCACAAAUAUAUC